AUUGUAUCAAUCAAACAAAUAUAUAUGCAACGUGUUUUUGAAGAGUUGGAUUUUUCUUUAUCUUUAGAAAACAAUGAAGAUCGAAGAGGUAAAGAGCACUGCAAAGACUCAGAGAGUAUCAGCUCAUACACACAUAAAAGGUCUUGGUCUUGAUGAAAAUGGAGCAGCAAUACAAGCUGCAGCAGGCCUUGUUGGUCAAGAAAUGGCUCGUGAGGCAGCUGGCAUAGUGGUUGACAUGAUAAAGUCAAAAAAAAUGGCUGGUAGAGCUGUACUGUUAGCUGGCCCUCCUGGAACUGGAAAAACUGCAAUUGCAUUAGCUAUUGCUCAAGAAUUAGGUAAUAAAGUGCCAUUUUGUCCUAUGGUAGGUUCAGAAGUCUAUAGUUCUGAAAUUAAAAAGACGGAAGUUUUGAUGGAAAAUUUUAGAAGGGCCAUUGGUCUUAGAAUCAAGGAGACCAAGGAAGUAUAUGAAGGGGAAGUUACAGAAUUAACUCCAAUUGAAACAGAAAAUCCUAUGGGUGGAUAUGGAAAAACAGUAUCUCAUGUAGUGAUUGGAUUAAAAACUGCUAAGGGUACAAAGCAGUUAAAAUUAGAUCCAUCUAUAUAUGAGUCCCUGCAAAAGGAGAAAGUAGAAACAGGUGAUGUGAUUUACAUUGAGGCAAACAGUGGUGCUGUAAAAAGACAGGGUAGAAGUGACAAUUUUGCUACUGAAUUUGACUUGGAAGCAGAAGAGUAUGUUCCUUUACCUAAGGGUGAUGUGCAUAAGAAAAAAGAAGUUAUUCAGGAUGUAACAUUGCAUGAUUUAGAUGUUGCUAAUGCUAAACCACAAGGUGGUCAAGAUAUCAUGUCUAUGAUGGGUCAAUUAAUGAAACCUAAAAAGACAGAAAUUACAGAUAAAUUGCGCAAAGAAAUAAACAAAGUAGUAAAUAAGUAUAUUGAUCAAGGAAUUGCAGAAUUAGUCCCAGGAGUCUUAUUUAUAGAUGAGGUACACAUGUUAGAUAUAGAGACCUUCACAUACCUUCAUCGUGCGUUGGAAAGUGCAAUUGCUCCAAUCGUUAUCUUUGCAACGAAUCGUGGUCGUUGCGUAAUUAGAGGAACGGAAGAUAUUAUAUCUCCACAUGGAAUACCUCUUGAUCUCUUAGAUAGGUUAUUAAUCAUACGCACACUACCUUAUUUUAGAUCGGAAAUAGAACAAAUAGUUAAAUUAAGAGCUACAACGGAAGGGUUGCAAAUCGAAGAUGAAGCUUUGUCAGCCCUUGGUGAAUUAGGUACGAAAACAACGCUUAGAUAUGUAGUGCAACUUUUAACACCUGCGGCAUUAACAGCCAAAGUAAACGAGAGAACAAUAAUCAAAAAGGAAGACGUUGAAGAAGUAGGAUCGUUAUUCUUAGAUGCAAAAUCUUCCGCUAAAAUUCUUACUCAAAAUAAAGAUAAAUUUAUGAAAUGA